UAUUUUUGCGAAGGAACGAAACAGGUGCUUGUUUAUGGAAACAACAGUGGAGACUUCUGCUGAUUUUGUUCAUGAUAGAUCGACUUUAUUCUUAAAACUGCAAUCCUCAUCAUCAAUUAUAAUCAGAUUAAGUUUCUUCAGGAAAAGAGGGUACACAUACGACUUCCAAAAUGUCUUUCGCCGACAUGGCCGUGAUGGAGACGUUCCGUCUACUCGACAAGGUUCGAGCCGAAGGUCCCAAAGAGCGUCCAGAAAGACCCAACAUAGACUUUCCACAGGUAAAACCACACAGACCCACCAAGCCAAAGGAAUCUAAGAGUCAAAGAACGGAUCCUCUUCGUAUCCUAGAUCCUGGAAGGAAGAAACUGACAACUGUUGAAUCGCAAAGAAUUUUGGCAGUUUUGGAUGAGAGCAUCAAGAAUGCAGAGGUUGUGAGUUUGCUACCAUAUGCUUGUGAAAAUGUCAAUCGCUUCAGCGUGGUUCUGGGUGUUGAAACAGUUGUUGCAAUACAGGAACAUGAAAAAAUUCAGAGUGCUUUCAAAGAUGCUGCUCAGAAACUCAGUGAUUACAAGAACAUGGACAAAGAGUCUCGGAAAUCCACCCCAGCAGCAGAGGAUGAGCUGCACGACGAUGAUUAUGAUGAACUUCAGAUGAUCGAGAGCAGGAGAACUCCGUUAGAAGAUAAAGUUGGAUCAAUGACACUUAUUGAUGAGGAAGAAGUACACCUUUCCAAAAUGGUCAGUGCUCAAGCGCAACUGCUGAAGUUCUCAUGCAGGAAUAUCCUGCGGUUGCUGAGCCUAAACCCAGCUGCAGUCAAUGCCCUCAGGUCGGAGGUCAAAGAGCGUGAUCAGGAGGCUGGCUCCAUGAUCGGAUAUAUGAGGGAUCUUAGAUCGUUCAUUCUGGAGAGACUGCUCACCACACCCUUGGAAGAGAAAGAGAAAACAGAUUAUUUGAGGGAGAUUACCAUCAGGGAGCGAAAGAAUUCAGAAGUCAUCAAGAAACUCUCUGCAGAAUUGCAAGAGGCUAUUGAGGAUAAAGAUAUGAAGAUCUCCAAACAAAAUGACGAGAUCCGUCGGUUGAAGGGGGACCUCCACCAGCUAGAGAAGUUCUCCGAGGAGCAUAUCAGGAGAACCAAGUCUGAGGCUGACAAGCAGCAACAGGCCGACUACAAGAACUCGGAGGUCAAACAGACCAAGUUACACACUGACCUUCAGACACUAAGAACGCAGCUGACCAACCAGACCUCUGAGCACAGGGAGAGCGAGUUGGCUUUGAGAAAGAGAAAAUACAUGAUUGAAACUGAAGUAGAAAACUGGAUUCAGAAAUAUGAUCAAGAUAUGGGGGAAAGACAGGCCGAGUUUGAAGACCUCGAUACAAUCUACACUGAGGAGAAAACCCAGCUCAACGAACUGGAGGAAAGAUUCAAGACCCUGGAAGAGGAAUACACAAGAAUCGUCGAGGAGAGGCGUAUCGCACAGGAGAAGAAGGAACGUGAAGAGAGAGAACUAGCAAUGAUGAUCAAGGCUUCAACCAUGAUCCAGUCAUUCUGGAGGUCAUACAAAUGCAGGAAGGCUCUGAAGAACAAGGGAAAGAAGGGAAAGAAAGGCAAGAAAGGAAAGAAGGGGAAGCGAUAAUUUCAUUUGCGAUUCCACAUUAUGGUGUUUCUUCAAAUUUUGAUGCAUCUUUUAUGGAACUUCUUCACUAAACUUGGGACUCAGAAAAAAAUGGACUCAUUCCUAUAUAAGCAUAUUGUAAAAUUCGACACUGUGUUACAAGUUUAAUGUGUGAUAUUUGACACAUGAUCAUCUGCUUUUGAAAUUAGAUUAAUUCUGGUUGUGUUUAUUUAACCUUGCAGCCAGGAUUUCAAUCUCAGUUGGAGAUAUUACCAGUUGCGCUUCAACUCUUAUUGAAAAAAAAGGAAAUGCUCUUUAUCCAAACUCAUUUAUUAUUAUAUUUAUGCAUUUACACAGCUUAUAUGUUGGGACUGAUGUUUCAAUGUACGUUUUUUUCUUCCAAAAAUGUAUGGUGAAUGGGACAGAUAUGAAAAUAGGUUCAGAAGAGAAUCAGUUGUAGCAUAGAUGGUUCACGAAAACAGAUAUUCCUUUUGUUUAGGAUAUGAUAUUUUGCCUUUCAUUUAUUUUAAAUGGUUGCCUUGAAACUGAGUUGCAACUCUGGGAUUCUUUCUCAAACACUGUUUUCCAAAGAGAUGUCUUUCAUUUUCUUCACUUUGAAUAUGCAACAUUGAUUUUUGACAAAGAGUUUUUCUUGUUACACAGUUUUCAAAAGUUUCAAUUAAAUAUCUCGUACCAAUUUUGCUUCAUGUGCAAGUGGUGGGGGUAAAGUUCACUUGGGUCAGAGUAUGACCACAGUCAGGGCCCUGAUUCAUAAAACGUAUUAUCAAUAACAAUUUACAUUAACUGUUAUAAGCUACUAAAAUUGUGGCAUUUGAUUGGCUGAGAGCAAAUUUGUCACCAAAAUAUAGCAUAUUAUUGAUAACAAGUUUUAUGAAACAGGGCCCUACAGUAUACAUGUUCAUGUAAAUAAUGAAAGGAUUGUCAUGAAAAUUAUGCAGUGAAACAUAUCCAUUGAUAUACACUUGUACAUUUACAAAGAAGUAAGAGCCUUAAUAGCGUUGAUUUAUUGCAGAAGACCAGAAAACACUGCAUUCCAACGAGAUGUCUUUCAUUUUCUUCACUUUUGAUAUAUGCAAGAUUGAUGUAACAAGAACCUAUUUUUAAGUUUCAAAUUUCUCAUACCAAUUUAGCUUCAUUUGCAAGAGAAGGGUGUAAAGUUAACUUGGGUCAUGAGUAUUGGAGGAUGCAUUAACAUGUAAAUACUGAAAGGAUUGUCAUGAAAAGUAUGCAGUGAAAUACAUCUUCUGAUAAACAUCUACAAAGAAGAAAGAGCUUUGGAAUUGGUUUAUUAAAAAACACCAGAAAACACUGUUUUCAAAGAGAUGUCUUUCAUAUUCUACACUUUGAAUAUAUGCAAGGUUGUUACAACAAGAGCUUUUCUUUUUAAGUUUCAAAUUUCUUAUACCAAUUUUGCUUCAUUUGCAAGGGGUGGAGAUUAAGUCCACUUGGUUCAAUGUAUGACCACAGCCCUGGAAUAUACUCAUGUACAGUACAUGUAAAUAGUGAAAGAAUUGUCAUGAAAAUAUUGCAGUGAAACAUAUCUUUCGAUUUACAUAUAUAUACAAAGACCAGAAGCCGAAGGAUUAAAAGAUUGACAAGGACCAGUGUUUAAAUUUACUGCAAUAUUUCACCUUGAUUCUGCAACAUUACUUAGUGUCAAUUCUAUUAAAAAUGGUUAUUUCAGUGGGGAAACUGCACUUAUUAUACACAUGUGCCUGACUUUUUGAGAAAAUAUAAUAACUUCUGUUUUUAUCUCUAUCAUACUCUUACCUGAUUUCAAGUGCUAAUUACAAUAUCUUAAAAACAUGAUGUACAUAUGUAAAUUUGUAAAUUUUUAACAAACUUUAUUGUAAAGGAGAAUACAUUCAUAAAUAUGACAAA